CACGCGCUGCUUCUGGGCUUUCGCUCCGUGGCCUCAUCCCCGCUUAGCUCGGGGGCCGAUCCCUUUGGCCCUUGCACCCAAUUUUCUUUAGCUCUUCCAGGGGAAAAUCGGUUCUCACGCGCGAAAAGCCACGUGCGCGCGCGGCCGCCCCGACGUUACGUAACUCUUUCGCAAAGUACCGUUUUCCGCCGUACCACGGUGAUACAUCCGCGCUCUUCAUCGUCGCUCGUUCUUCUUCCUUCUCGGUGUGCCGUCGUCGCUCGGUAGUCACUUUGGGUUUAUUCGUGAGAAGACAGAGUCAAGCUAAACAUGUUCGCCUAUAGUAGAUUCAUCGCUCCGGUUGUAAGGUCUAGCCUGGUUUCUGGCACAAAGGCCUAUGCUAGGCCCAUAAGCAGUGCGUUGCUAAACCAAAAUCAAACUCUACAUUGCCAGGAAAUUCAAACACCAGUCAGCCUAUCACCGGCUGUACGUAAUUUCCAAACAUCGACGAUCAGUCGUGACAUCGACACUGCAGCCAAAUUCAUUGGUGCUGGCGCUGCCACUGUCGGAGUCGCAGGAUCUGGUGCUGGUAUUGGAUCAGUGUUUGGAUCACUUAUUAUUGGUUAUGCCAGGAACCCAUCUCUUAAACAACAACUCUUUUCGUAUGCCAUUCUAGGAUUUGCCUUGUCAGAAGCCAUGGGGCUUUUCUGUCUUAUGAUGGCGUUUCUAAUUCUCUUUGCUUUCUAAGUCAAAAUUUCCAUAAAAAUACCAAUAGUUCUAGAGCAUCACUGCCAAGACAGCAUCCUCUGACCUCGGCGAAGAGGCAGUUGUUUCUGGUAUGCGGUUCAGUCCAUGAUAUUACGGGAACUAGCGAUUUGCUGCAAUGAAGAGCAACAGUGCGACAAUAUAAAGAAAAAGAAACGCUGGGCUGUCUAUAAAACAGAGAACAAGAAGAUUAUAAGUCGUUUUAUAAAUUCCUCUAAAAUAGUCAUGAACUUGUUCUCAAUAAUUUCAUUUCAUGGUUUACCAUCUGGUAGCUUAUCUCAUGUUGUUAUGAAGUUAUGAAUUUUCGUCUCAAAUUUAUCAAGAACCAUUUUACGCGCAUACACGUACAUACUCAAAUGCCCUAGUGUCAAUGCGAUUAUUAAAGAUAAAAUUUUUUCACACUUUUGUUACCUAAGCAAUUCAUCAUUGUUGUGCUGUUGUGUAUGCAAGUGUCGAGGUAACUCUUGACGAGGAAUCUGUACAGUGAUAUCGAAUAAACACCUUUGUCGUGAGA